GCUAUUGAUCGUUUCUCCAACAUUUCGUUGUCUUGUUACCGUGGAUUCUAUUUCUUUCUACGUUCAAACGCAAACCAUGUUCUUGAUUCCUUUUCCAUGUUAUGAAUUUCCGAUCUCCGUUUUUGUCGCACAAACCCACACUUAACAGUUAAUACACAACAACAAUCAACAAAUAUCUACUACUCCACCAUGAAAUCACCAUUAUUACUGCCAAUUUUCUUCUCCUUCAUCCUCCUUCCACCCUUUUCUCUUUCCUCUCCACCACCGCCUUCCACCGUCUGCAUCAUUGGAAGCGGAAUCUCCGGCUCAUCAGUCGCACACUUUCUUCGCAAGUACUCCCCAGAACCCUCACCAAUCUCCACAAUUCACAUCUUCGAACGUAACCAUGUCGUCGGUGGUCGUAUGGCUACUGUCACCGUUGCUAAUCAUACUUUCGAAGCUGGUGCUUCCAUUAUUCACCCUAAGAAUUACCAUACCUCGAAUUAUACUGAAUAUUUGAAUUUGAAGAAGAAAUUUCCUGGUGGUGAUGAUGAUGAUAGUUCAUUAGGGAUUUGGGAUGGGAAUAAGUUUGUGUUUAAAACCUGGACUGGUUUUGGUUUUAAUUGGGGGUUUUCGUUUUUUAAUAAAGUUGUUUCUUUGGUUAAUGAUUUUAAGUUUUUUUGGCGGUACGGGUUUUCUUUGCUCAGAAUGCAGAAUUUUGUCGAGGAUAUGCUGGGUAAUUUCUUGAAAUACUAUGAGGGCCUUGAUACAAGGCCAGUGUUUAAUGAUGUGGAGGGAAUGCUCAAAUGGUCUGGUUUAUAUAACCUCACUCGGCGGACUUUGGAAGAUGAGUUAAUUGAUGCAGGAUUGUCUCCUAUACUCAUCAAAGAGCUUGUCACGGUUAUCACAAGAAUUAAUUACGGUCAAAGUGUCAGCAUGAGUGGAUUGGCAGGUGCAGUGUCUUUAGCAGGUUCUGGUGGUGGAUUUUGGGCAGUUGAAGGUGGCAAUUGGCAAAUGGCUGCAGGGCUUAUUAGUAAAUCAGAUGUUAAUUUGCAUCUGAAUGAAGAGAUUCAAUCUGUUUCCCACCUUGGAAAUGAUUACGAGCUUAACUCAACAAAGGGAAACAGCUAUAAGUGUCAAGUCACAGUUUUUUCCACACCUCUUGAUGAACUGGAUGUUGCAUUUGACCCACCAAUAUCAAUACCCCAGAGGAAGAUGCAGCACACUCACACUACCUUUAUCAGGGGCUUGUUAAAUCACAGAUAUUUUGGCUUGACUAGAGUUGAGGAAAUUCCCGACCUGGUUGGCACCCUUGAAGAUUCCGACAUUCCCUUUUCAUGUAUAUCUGUUCUGAAGAAACACAACAAAGAAGAAAUGACGUACAAGAUGUUCUCGCGGAAGCCUUUGGAUGAUGCAUUGCUUGAUCAAUUAUUUAGCAUCAGGAAAGAGACGAUUCGAAUAAAUUGGGCUGCAUAUCCUCACUAUGAGGCUCCAGAGGCAUUUGCACCUUUUAUAUUGGAUGAUUUACAUUUGUAUUAUGUGAACGCCUUUGAAAGUGCAGCUAGCGCCAUGGAAACCGGCGCAGUUUCUGGAGAAAAUAUAGCACGUCUAAUCCUUUCAAGACUUGCUGCCGAACAAUAUUCAACAUUGCCAAUGAAGAGCGCCACUUUCAGCAGUAUCAGCGAUUACCAGCACUCGGAUUUGUAAACUGAUGCAGCAAUCACCAUGUUGUCGAGGAUUUUGACACAAUGUACAUACAUAACUAGAUAACGUUAAACUACUUUGUAUCUUGCAUGUUUCUCGACUCCAACACAUACUUGGUUAUAUAUUAUAUAUGUAUGAACUACAACGACAUUUUAUUUGCAGAAUUGCCCAAUUCUCCAAAGGAAGCUGGAUAGGAAGAACUAUGGUGAAAAGUUCCGGUGUUACGCAUAAGUCGUAAUCAUGCUGAUGCAAAAAGUAGCAGCUAUGUCUUCUUUUGUUUUAUGAUCUCGUGUUCAAUUUUGGCACAGAACUAUUAACUUUCAAUAGCCAAUGUGCAAAUAAGAUUAGCUGUAUCAGCGUAUGAAAUUCGGAGUACUUAAACUUUCAAAAUACAACGUUAUAGUAUGGAAGUAUGAAAGUGUUAUGUAUUACUGCUAUAUUCAACUCCUAUUUUUUAAUUAUAAAAAUACAUUAUUUUGCCAUUCUU